AUGCGCACACCUAGUUGCACGCGACGGUAUUCCAGUGGGAAGAGCAAGGAACAGAGUGCCCGCGUCGAAAAUAGACUUUCGCCUGGCGUUGAGAUCGGUGGUCCGAUGGUCGGGCAUGCGGAAGGAGCGUCACCGGGAGACAAUAUUACGAUGUCCCAGCCGCAAUUAACCACCGACCUGGACGUUCCGGAAAGUCCGCAACACUCGUGCCAGUGUUCCGCAAUGAGUAGCAUGGAUUCCAUGAGAGCACCGAGGGAUAGAGCGGAGAGGAGUGUGGGAAGUACAAGAAUUUCCAACAACCCCAAAGAACUCCCGAGGGGUUUAGAGGCGCUUCAGAGCGCUUUCGAACCGAUAAGAAGACUAGAAAGUCCGCUGUCUCAUCAAGAGAGCCAGCAGAUGAAUUUAGAGAACGCGAGAAACGUCGACAUGCUGGAGCAUCAAGCUAACUUGCCCGGUACCAGAUCGAUGGACAGUCAAAAUGCAAUUUUGUCCAGACACGGUCACAAUCUUUCCUGCAGCCCGAGGAACUUGGACCUCUCCCGGAACUUGGCCUUCGAGGCUGCGAGAAGAGUUCAGGAAUCCGGUAACUUGCAGGACAACCAACACAGCCUAACCUCCAGCCCUAGCCCUUUGUUGGAGUCUGGCUCGGUGGCGUUGCUCGACGUUGCGUCCGCAAAAGAGCUGGACAAACAGCUAACAGACGAUCAGCACGCCGCGUUAUCUCAGAAAGCGGCCGCCGCCAACGGUAAAGACAAGCUGAAGAACAUUCAGCAGAACAUUCUGAAUCCUUAUCAACAUCAUCACGAGCCAACCUCCGCGGAACGCAACGUCCACGGGCAUUUCCACGUCGGCGACAGCCACGCGCACGUGCACAAGCACGCCGACAAUUUCCGAGGCACCGCGAAUUUGGACGUUGCGGACGGAUUGAUGGGAUUUCAGCAGCACGCUCAGCGACAGCACACUCAUCAUCACCACGGCAACACCAAGACCACGAACGUCGCCCAUCAUCACGGGCCGACGACCGUGCAUCAUCCGCACGGCCCGCAAGGAAUAGCGACGCACCAUCAUGGAAACCUGCCGUCCAGCCUGACCGGCCACGUCCACGGGAACACCGGCGGUCCUUUAGGCGGUUCGAACGCCAGUCACGGGAAUCAAACGGCGAGUGGAAAUCCGACUGCUCAUCAUCAUCUGAACGCGUCGAUGGCGACGUCCGCCACGAUGGCCCACAGAAACUCACCGACGAGUCAUCAUCGUCUGAGCGGUGGCGCCGGCCUAACCGGCCACUAUCCUUCAAACUCAGGCUUCUCCAGCGAUCAUCACGAUACCUCGAGCGCGAUGAGCGGCGCCUCGUCGAAUUCGAGCAUGUUAAAUCACGGCGGCUCGUCGCCAGCGGUUCAUCGGCACGUGGUCAACGCGAACAGCAGCCUCUCGACCACGCCGCUGGCCAGCCACCACCACGGCAGUUCGUCGGGAAGUUUGACCGGACAUUCGAGCGUGAAUCAUCAUCACGUGAGCUCUGGCAUAUCCUGCGAGUCCUCCUCGUCGAACGCCAAUACGAGAACGCACAGCCGUUUGGAUCACGUGCACGAUCACCACCAUCAUUUGCAACAAGUGCAUUCGUUGCACUCUGGCCAUUCAGACACGAGGCAAAGAGACAGGGCUCCGUCGAGUCUCGAGCACCAUGGGCAUCAUCACGCGCACAUGCACGGCCAUGGGCACCAGCACGCGCAGAGUAACGACACUAAAACUACGUCUCUCAUCGGAGUCGACUCGAUACAGGUGUCGGCCCCUUCGAAAAGUAAAUGCCAAUGUCACGUGGUGCAAACUGGAGGAAACAAAAGGGGGCAAGAGGGUGAAAACGACGGAGGUGUCGAAGUGACAUCAAGAACGCAUCAACCGCCAGCACUUCCUCCGCGGCCACCCCCUAGGCCAACCAGACGAUACGAAACUACGUCUGUCAAUCAAUGUCACACCGGUGAAGGUGGUUGCUGCAAGAAGUACGUUGUCCUUUGUUGCCUUUGUGGUGGGCUGAGCGCUGCGGUCGGUAGUCUCUUUUUGGCGGUACACGCGGUCCUUUCAGCCCACACGGCCAGCUUAGCUCUCUUUGAGACUGUACCAUCUUACAUUCCUGGCAUAAUGAUGAAAGUUUGCGGGUCUGUCGGAGUAGUGUGCGCUUUAGUAUGCGUGUUAGUCACCGUGACGACCACCGUGAUACACAUGUCGCGGCUACAAGGUCUCCGCAGAUGCGUUUACACCAUCAAAGCCAGGUCGUGCACGUGUUACGGAGCGCCGGAAGGAGACCCGGGAGUGCUUUUCGAAGGCACGCCUCAUUGCGAGGCGGUCCACGGUGCUCUGCACGCCUGUCUCAGGGCACUGUUCGGAGUUUCGGUGGCUGGCAUACUGGCUUGUAUAUUCUCGUGCAUGCUGGUGUACCAGUUGCUAAGUCACGAGAAGAAGAAGAUGUACUGGGAGCAGUUGGAACUGCGAUGCAGAUCGCUGUACGGGCAGGGAGGCACCGUGGGACCGGCGACUGGUUCCUGCGGAUGUUGCAACGAUUGCGGCGGUGCCAGCCCUUGGUGGGCGCAGACUCCCGGAAAUCUGUACACGCCGAAUCCCGACUUGGCGCCAUCCAGAAGGUGGCGAUUGCCUUGGUCCAGAUCGAGAGGGCCGGCACCCAGUCCAGACUCGAAUUACGGUUUUCACACUCAGACUAGACAAACGGAGGCCAACGUGGAGAGCACGAAUGGCCCGUACAGUGUCCUUAAUUCUCAAUCGAGUGGUCCCUACUCGGUGUUAAACGCGCAAAACGGGCCGUACACGCCGAGCACGGCUUCUUACAGUGUCUUGGAGACUCCAGUGCCGCUAUGGGGUCCUCCGCCACCUUACAGCGACCCUAACAGCCCGGCUAGGCGACCUCAAGUUACCGAACAAAGGCCCAGAAUUGCCAAGCGAAUAGAGAAUUUUGAGAACAAUGAAGAUCACAGGCUACGAUCCGCGAAACGGCCGUCCGACAACUACGAGAACGCCGAGGAAAUCUCAAACAGCACGGAUCCAGAAGGGGGCAACGAGGGCACCAUGAAAGGAAGACGAACCAGGAAGCCUCUGAAAGGUGUGGAGAACAAUGCAUUCCAGCAGGAAGCGAAUGCUGGACCAAAGCAAUCGGAAAGUGAACUGUACUUUGGUGAUGUCUCGUCUUGUUGCGGGCCCGAGAGUAGUUUCUACGAUUUGGCGGUCGAGAAGGAAGGCACAGAGCAUUCAGAGGGUGUAGACUACCUGGCAGCUCGUUUAGGCAAACGACAACUGUCGAAAAGAUCCAGAAUGCCUCUACCAUUACCAUCAGACAAUGGAGACAUGCCAUCGGAUAAUUACGCGAACAGUGACGAGCCGAGGAGUGCCAGAGGGCCAUUUCUAGCGCCUGACGCUCAAUAUGAAGUGAUUCAACAAGGUCGGUACUCCUACUACACGUCGAAGGACGACGAACAACUUCAAGAAGGUCCCGCAACCUCGGGAUACUUUAGGGAGGACGAGAACGAAAGAGGGAGGGACUACAGAGAUUACAGAAGCAGCCAGGAAGAAGAAACACCUCAGUGUUGCUUGAGUGACUCGACAACGUUGGACUCGGGUUGGCAAAGCGGUGAACAGCAACAGUCUGACGACAAUGUCAGACCGGUUAACGUGUGAUCACGUUCAUCGUUAGACGAAUAACGAAGCACAGUUGCUCACAAAAGUGUUGGAACGUUCAUAAGAAGGCUUUACGAGCACGUUAUGUGUGUUGUACGGAAUAUUGAAAUUCUCAUUCUGGACAAACGUUAAUUAUUGUAAUUUCUUAUUAAUCUGCCAUUUGAAUGGUCGAAAUUCG